UCGCUUUGAAAAAACACUCUGCUUUCACGGUGCAGCGUCUCCGGCAGUGGCUUAUAGGGUUUCACUUACCCUCGGUCGUGGAGAAGAAGAAGCUCACUCUUCCAUUUUUGAAAUCGCAACUAAAAGAUGUCCGAAACAAAUGCAGUCUCCGAAACCCCUCAAAACAUGACCAUCUACAUCAACAACCUCAACGAAAAAAUCAAGAUUGAAGAGUUGAAGAAGUCCUUGCACGCUGUUUUCAGCCAAUUUGGGAAGAUACUUGAGGUGUUGGCUUUCAAAACUCUGAAACAUAAGGGUCAAGCUUGGGUGAUUUUUGAGGAUGUAUCUUCUGCUUCUAAUGCACUUAGGCAAAUGCAAGGUUUCCCUUUCUACGAUAAGCCCAUGAGAAUACAGUAUGCCAGGACUAAAUCUGAUAUAAUAGCAAAAGCAGAUGGUACUUUUGUUCCUCGGGAAAAACGGAAGAGGCACGAUGACAAAGGCAAAAAACGGAAGGACCAACACGAUGCUAAUUUAGCUGGAAUGGGCUUAAAUCCUUCUUAUCCCGGUGCUUAUGGUGCAACACCUGCUCUAUCCCAGAUACCUUAUCCAGGUGGUGCAAAAUCCAUGGUACCUGAGGCUCCGGCACCUCCCAAUAAUAUUCUCUUUAUUCAGAAUCUUCCCAAUGAAACCACUCCCAUGAUGCUUCAAAUGCUCUUUCUUCAAUAUCCUGGGUUCAAGGAAGUUAGAAUGGUUGAAACGAAGCCAGGAAUUGCUUUUGUGGAAUAUGGAGAUGAGAUGCAAUCCACAGUGGCUAUGCAGGCACUGCAAGGUUUCAAGAUAACCCCACAAAACCCUAUGUUGAUAACUUAUGCCAAGAAAUAGACCGCAAUUUCUCCAACUUAUGGUGUAAGAAGGGCAAGAAUCAUAUAUUUUUGCAUAGAGUUGUUAAAUCAUCUAAUGGAAUAGUUUAUCUUCUUAUUUGGUGUUUAUCCUUGGCAGCCUUGGGUUGUGUAUGAUUGUAGUUAGGGUAGGAACUUUUACAUUUUUAUUAUAAAAAUCUGUAUUUGAAAAAUUACUAUCUUUUUUAUUAUGGUAAAUUACUAUCUGGUUCGAGUUUAUCCAUCACAUAUUUGUUUAACUUA